AUGAGAGAGGACCCAGGCGAGGAGGAGGAGGAGGAGGAGGGCGAAUCCGAAUACGGCACGCCCGAAGCUCGGGUGAAUAACGACGCCGGUGUCUUGGUGCAUUCUCCUCCUUCUUCUUCAUCGUUGGAGUCCUAUCCUUCUUCUUCGGUGAAGAAGAAGAAAUUUGCUUCUUCUUUCGUAACGAACAACAACGACGAGGAGAAGAAGAAGAAAACUUCGAGGACGAGAGAGGACCCUACCCCGAAAUCUCCGGAAUAUUCGACGCCGCAGAUGCGAGUGAAUGCGAGCAAUAAUAACAGUGUUCGCGUUCGUGGUGAUGGUAGUAAUCGAGCCGCCAGCCCAUCGAUGAUUGCUUCUCCUGCUAAUAAUUCGAAAGUGUCCUCCUCUCCAUCUUCGUUCGGCGUGACUCCAACGAAGAGAACAAAUAAUAACAUGAACAAAUCAUCUUCCACUCGAACGUCAAACAUAGACGUGUCUUCGGUUCAAUCUUUGAUGUUAGCAAACACGCAUGCGGUGAAUGAUUUACACAAACGAGUGUUGCGUGCAACCUCGCACAGGGAAAAAUGUAUCACUUUACUCUCCAACGCGCACGCUUUACAGUUGGCGUUGGUCGAAGCCAAUCAGACACACGAAAUGCUAGAUGCGCAAAGUUUAACGCAACUGAAGAAAAUUAUGAUUUCGUGCGUGGGGUUGCUGAGAUUGUGCGUAGCGCGAGUGGACGAGGUUGGAAAUUUAUCCAUCCUAGAGAAGGCGUUUACGAGAUAUGGAAUACUCUCGUCGAGCUCGAAUAAGAAGUUUAUCAGUUUACAAUCGGAUUUGGAGAUUAUCGAAACGCAAUUAUGGAAUUUAACCGGCGCGAGUGGAGGUGGAAUCGCGUCUAAAACUCAAAGCAUUGCAUCAUUGACAAGGCAUUCGAGGUUGUUGAGAGGUGGCUUUACCACGGCGAUGAAUAAGAUUAUUUUCGGGAGCGGCGUAACGGAGAUGAUUGCGUGCGGGGUUGAUUGUUCCGAAUUGUGGGUAGCGAAUGAGACGAGGUUUCCUAGACGCUCGGGAAUCUUACAAGUCACGGAUUUGUUUUUAAACGAGCGGAGAGAGUUGGAAAACGGUGGUAGAUUAGAUGCGAGUAGCAGUGGUAGUAGCGGUAGUAUAAGUAGCAGGAAUAAGAGCAGUAGCGAUGCUUACAGUAAAUCGAGAGGAAUAGGAGGGUGUUUUCGAAGUCUCGAAGAAGGUGACGAAUACAAUGACGAUGGUAAUACAAACGCUAUCAGAAACGGGAUGUCUUCUCUUUCCAUGCGCGUUUCAGAAAAGCCACGCGGCGCUAUUACGGUAAUGACAAAAGGCUCUGGUGCAUGUGCGGCUUUGCUCUUCGUUGGGACGUCCGCUGGUGACGUUUGCGUGUGGGACGUAGAUUUGGGUAAAGGAAACGAAAACGCGGUAAUGAAAGUUAGGAAAGGUGUGAGUGCGACAGCUAUGAGCAUCGUAGACGACGACGAAGAAGAAUCAAACGACGACGAAGAAGACGACAACGACAAUGAUUUGGUUAGGGGCGAGGAGGAAAACGGAACGAACGAAGUGCGCGCUUCGGCAUUCCAAAAGAACAAGUUUCAAAUUUGUACGCUUUGGACUGGGUUUUCAGACGGUUCGAUAUUAGAAGUCAUGGCAAAGGUAAAAAUAAAGUCUCGGCGACAAAGCUCGAGCUUAGGAAACAGUCAAAACACAUCUCCGGGAGAUUCUUGGCAAGAAAAAUUUGAUAACGAAGUCGAUCGCAUCGCUGGAGCAGAUUUUGAAGUUUAUUUGUGUCUGGGUCGAUUAAUUCGUGGAGAAGCGGAUGGAUUUGGUGUCUCCAAACGCGCGGUGAAGUUUAUAGUGUACUUAAACGGUCACGUAUACGUGCCAUACACGAACGCGACGGCGACAAAGUACGCGAACGAGAAUUUGGAAGUGUGGUCGACGAAAUCGGGAAAGCGCAUAGCCUCGAACGAAGUUCACAAUGAUUUAGGUUUAGUCGAAGAGUGCGUCGCGUACAAAGACGCCGAGUGCGUCGUUACUUUACACCAAGCUGAAGGUACGUUCGGGAGUGCUUUGGGAACGGUGCAACUCUGGGGAGGAAGAGGUAUAGCUCCGGAAGCGCGAAGCGCAAAGAUCAAUGAAAUUCCGUUUGGGAGUCUGGCGUGUCGCGUCGAUAUCGUUGAAUUUGCCAGUCUUUUGAUUAUUGGACAUGUUUCUGGUCAUAUUACCAUAUGGAAGCUUCCUUCGACUGAUGAACUGGACGCGUACGUGACGAAAAGAGUCGACGAGAGAAGUUUAAAUCUCGGCGUGCCUGGCAAAAUUUUAGCGCACCGGUCUGGUAUGGUCUCCAUGUGCGGUGUUCACGCCGUGAGCGGUUCGCACAGUGGUGUUGCUACCGCGGGAACGUUUGGCUCGGUGUUACUGUGGCCAAUGUCGGAGCUUGAGAGUGCGGCUGAUCGUGCAAUCAAAGAAAACGGUGGUAAAAUGAGAAGAAAGAAGCGCCGGCAGCCUUCGCAAGAGAAACUGAGCGCUGGACUCACGUCGAGUAGAACGGUGUCCCAGGAUCUUUCUCCGAUGCUUUCUAAAGAUCGGAAUGGCGGCAGUAGCGGCGACAUCGGGAAGAAGUUUACACACACGCCGAGCGAAAAGCGAAUCGCUUCUCAAUUAAAUACGACGUUGAUUUCUCAGAGUGAAGUUGCGCUGAAACAGAAAAUCGGGGAAGGUUCCUUUGGACGAGUUCACGUCGCAGUUUGGAAUCACGUUCAAGUGGCCGUAAAGUUCAUCGGAACCGAAGGCAUGGAAGAAUCGUCCGACCUUCGCAUGGCGAUGGACGAACUCGAGAAGGAAGUUUCGAUUAUGACGAAUUUGCGACAUCCGAACAUCGUCGCUCUGUUUGGAAUAAUGCGAUACCCUCCAGCUAUUGUCGAAGAAUAUUGCGCGCGUGGUUCUUUAUUUUCAGUUUUACAGCGCCACGCGAAACCUGGCGUGCCAUCUUUACAGUGGCGCGUUCGUUUACGUCUCGCGCUCGGCGCAGCGUGUGGCAUGUGUUAUUUGCACAAUUGCACUCCACCGGUAAUUCAUCGAGACUUGAAAUCUGCAAAUCUCAUGGUUGAUGCAUCUUUCCGCGUUAAAGUUGGUGAUUUCAACUUGAGUCGCGUGACUGCCGCGAAUAGAGCUACGGGUAAUAGUGUUUCAACCUCCGUGAACUUGCACUCUCCGCGCUGGUCGGCGCCUGAAGUAUUAGACACGGGUGAUUAUUCGAAAGCGUCAGAUGUCUACUCUUUUGGUAUCGUACUUUGGGAAAUCCUCACGUUGCAAUUGCCAUGGGCGGAAUGGUCGCACUGGCAGGUUUUGCACGCCGUGAUUGAGCUAGAGGAACGUCCAGAAAUUCCAGCGGAUGUUUCACCUCGUUUCCACGCGCUCGACAAGUUUAUUCAGUUGAUGCGUUUGUGCUGGUCGCAAAAAAGUGUCGAUCGACCGACGUUUGAGACUAUCAUUCAAACCGUACAAAAGAUGAUUGAAUCCACGGAAAAGUUCGAGAAUGAAGAGCGUUUGAAAUUCAAAAAUGAAAGUGGAACUGUUGGAGGCGCCAUCGCGCCUCGAAAGUCCGGAUCAUUACCGAAAAGUAUUAAGAUCUUCUCUGCCAACACCAAUGAAGGAGAAAAAGCUCCGGCGCCUUCUUCUUCCCGUUCGAACGUUGUCGACACGAAUAAAGAUGUAAAAAGCAGUAGAGAUGACGACGUAAAUAACAACAAUAACGAAGAUGAUGACGAUGAUGCAGUCGUGAUAAUAAAAGACAAAAGGAAGACGAGCGGCGUUGCUCCUUCCAAUUCCAUAACGUCCGCGACGAAAAAUACAAACAACGACAGUUUGACGAGUCCGCCGAGUCAAAAAUCCUCGUCUAUUUUAGCCGGUAUUGAAUCUAGGAAAAGCUUCAACACGCGGCAAAGUAGAGUCAAGUCGCCGUACAAAUCGCCUUCGAAGAUAUUGAGAGGUUUAAAAAGUUUAUCAAAGAGUGCGGACUUAUAA